ACAAACGGCGCAGAUUUGUGUCCAAAGUGAGCCUAGUCAUUUUUGCGUGUCAUGAAGUAGCUGUCAACUUGCAAAUCUAGCGGGUUAGCUGCCUGGCUAGUGAUAAUGAACUGCCGUGCAUUGUCGGGACAAUCGGCUAGUGUUACUCCAGCUAAUGCUCCUUUAAGUUAGCCAUCUUGCUGUCACUGACAUGACUCCGUGCGCUGACGACAUGAGAUGCCUGCAUAACUUUUUGUCUGCCGGACAUUUAAUUGCUAAUAAAUUUUCAGUAUGGAUAGCGAACGCAGCAAUUGCAGGCCCCAGGUUGGAGACAAUAGCAAGCUAACUUAGCUAGCAAGCUGUCGUGUCUGCUAAGCUUGCUAAGAGCGGUCUUGCCUGGUGCGUGUCUGGAGCCGCACUGAAAACGUCGAGGUGCCUGCACCAUGGAUCAGGAGGAUAUAACAGACCAAAUCACAGCAUCUUGUAGCCAACCUUUGUUCCACAACCAAGACCUGACUGUGACUGACCAAGACUCAGCACCCCAGCAGCCCAGGUCAGACAUGAUGUCUUCACAAUCCAAAUGGGUGAGCAGCAGCACUGAAGACACUGACCUGGUCGUAACUGAGGAUGGGCUCAGUAAUGGCACCUGUGAAGUUGAGACUAUGGUAGCAUUACACUGUCCUGGCGACCAUGGCGAUGUUACUGCUGAGGGUGACCACCUUGCACUUAGCAAUGAUGGCAUGUCAGAGUUUUCAAACAGUGAUCUCUCUCUGCCUGAAGUCUGCAUUUCCACCAACAGUAAUAGCUUUGAGGAGGAUAUGAACUAUGAGGUCCAGCAAGCUUAUAGGAUAUUCACCGGCUUUCUCUUAGACAAGCAUAAAGGGAUCACCAGCCCUUUCCUUCAUCCCAUUGGCCACCAGGAAGCCCAGCAUGGCAUUGGAGGUGUCCGCGGCUGGGGUCAGGCACAGUUGAGACAGUCAAUGUGCUUGCGGAGGAUGGAGGAGAAGUUUAUCAAUCAGGAGUAUGAGACCAUAACAGAGUUUGUUGCAGACUUCAGGCUGAUGUUGGAGACCUGUUAUCGCUACCAUGGGGUGGACCACUGGAUCUCCAAACAGGCUCAAAAGCUGGAAAUCAUGCUGGAGCAGAAGCUUACAUUGCUAUCCAGGACAUUGCGGGAGAGGACGACCCUGGCAGUGACUUCUAAAGGACGCUUUGGUGCAGAGGAGGAACGUGGUUCAGGGGGCACCUCAACGAGGAGGAGACUGGCACCCCGUAGCCUGGCUACCAUCACUGUUGGUGGGCAUGAGUCUAUCAUGGUCCAGACCCUAAGGCUGGAAGAGCAACAGAGGGCCAAGGACGAGAAGAGGCAGCGUGAGCUUGAGAAGAAAGAGGCAGAGGAAAUGUCAGCCAAAGAGGUCGUAGAGUGGGAGCAGACUUUGCUGUCACAAGCUUCCCCCCACACAGUGGACACACUUUGGGAACUCCCUGCUAUAGGGCACUUCCUCUGCCUGACUCAGACUGCCCUUAACCUCCCAGAGGUUGUAUUUUUUGAGCUGGAGCGUUGUUUGCUGAUGCCCCGCUGCAGCCCCCUCCUGUCCAAAAUUAUGUCUUCCCUACUUUCCCCACCCCAGCGGAGGGCCACUCUGCACCGCCGGCCUGCUCUGCCUUACCGCCGCUGGGAGUCAGAGCUCAGGCAGCGGGUCCUGGGCUGGUAUCGAGCUGUUGGUACCUCCCAUGAUCAGCCAGGUCGGGCUGAGCAGCUGGGACUCUGCCACCAGUUUUUUAGCACCCUUGGGGAGGUGAGUCCUUUGGAGGAGAAACCCUUUCACUUACUGCCCUUCUACCAGAGAUUAUGGCUUCUGAAGGGGCUUUGUGAUCAUGUGUAUGAGACACAGAAAGAUGUGCAGGAUGCUCUGCUGUCCCAGUCCAUCCAUGAAUGUAGGGAGUCUAUUUUGGGCUAUGACAGCAAAGAGAAUGCCUAUAUACAUUUCCCACAUUUCUGUGGAGCAGACUUGAGAAUCUACUGCCAGAGCCCUAGCACACCCCCAGCUUUCCCUUUCCCUGCUGUAUGGGUCAAAAGGGUUGAAUUAGAGCCAGGGACAGAGGGUGAAGAGUCGGAUGGAAUGAAGGAUGAAGGGGUUAAAACUGACAGGGGAUGUUAUGGAGGCUCUGUGGACACGGGAGAGUCUGAUGAUUUUGGAAACGGGAGAACAGAAACACUUGGGGGGUUCAAAGGAGAAAAUGGGGAUGGAGAAGAAGAUAAAAAAAGGUUUAAAUCAUGGUCACUGAUGAAGGAAGAGGGGUCUGAAUCAGGGUCCUCUGAUGGAGACACCUGUGAUGACUCUCAGUUGGACUUAAAAAUACACACUAACUUCUUAUCCCCUUCACAUACUAGUCCCAUUAGAGAAGGAGGUGUGGAAAUGAAUUUGAAGGAAGAGACUGUAGAGUUAGACCAUCAAUCCAAUCGACUCACGUUAAAACAGGAACAGGGCUUCUCAUUGGACUCAAUACGCACCAUUAAAGCAGAGACACAGGAGCCCUGUCUGAGUGUAGGGGAGCAUAGCUACACAGGCAGGUCACCUGCUCGCUCAGUGAGUCAGGCCUCCCCAACUAAAUCAGUGGUGCUCAAAGUGGAGGAAGGAAGUCUCAGUCAAGGACACCAAAGAUCUUCCUGUUCGGAAUGUUGUAAAAACAAAACUAGUAAUAUUAAGUCUGAGGAGGACGACUGCUACUGUGGCACUUCGGGGCUAGCAACACAGUUGUCUUCUGAGAGUGCUCCAAACUCAAGUGAAGAGAGGGUGAAUGACAAAAUCUGGACCAAAAAAAAAAAGCGGAAGAAAAAGCGAGGAAGGGAACAGCUGCCGAGGGUGAAAGGAGAGCACAAGCAGCUGCAGCACGUGGACAGGAUGAGGCUGCCCCCAGCUGAGGCUGCCAAGUCCGCAGUGAGGAGAGUUGCCACAACGAUCAAAAGAAAAGACAAGAAGAAGAAGCAUAAAACAGGAAAAAAGCUUGAAACGUCAAAGAAAAUUAAAGAUGAAUCUCCAGUUGAGCCAUCAUUUAAGUUGGUAUGUACCAGUCUUGAGGACUUGCGAGAGCUGAUCAGUAAGACAGAAGAUGAGCUUGAUGACUUGGAGAGCACCAAAAAAAGAUUGGGUCGGUGGUAUUAUCGCAGAGAGGCAGUAAAAGACCUCCACAGCACUCUGAUCAGACUACUGAAUGAGCUUUCGCCCUGGGAACCCAAACUUGCUAAGGCCUUUCAAAGGAACAGGCUUCGUUUGAAGAAGGAAUUUGAUGAUUUCAAGAAGCACCCAGAGUACAGUAACUUUGUGCGCGAGGAGUGCAUUUCAUCAUCGUCAUCAUCAGAUGAUGAUGAAGAAAGGGGUUUUGGGAAGGAGGUGUGUUCGCUCUCAGAUCAUUAUAGGAGAUCAGAAGAAGAAGAUCUGGACCAUAUGGUUCCCAGAGGUCUUUGGAGUGGAGCAAACACCAGGGAGUUUGUGGAUGAGUCUGCUGAAGAAAGAACAGUGACCUACAUACCUCCAAACCACCUAAAACACCCUCUGGCCAGCACGGAGAAAGGCGUUAAUCUGCUCCCAAGAGUUCAGACUAGUAGCAGUAACAUUACUUCUACUGCUAACUCUGAACUGAUCCCAUCAAAUCAAUCCAGGGAUUCAAACUCAGCAUGGGCAGCAAAGGUGCCAGUCCAGGCUUCACUGUCACCCAGACCACCCAUUCUCCACCCCACUACUGGACUACCUAAGGGCUACACGCCCAUCCCCACCCUGCUGGCUAAGAGUGUGGGGAACAAAGUGACCUUAAUGAAACGGCCUGCUGAUUACCCAGGGGUCAACAACAUAGAUAGACAGAGGAGAGCUUUGGUCUCCCUGCCUACCUCUGCAGUGACUACCACAAAACUUUCAAAAGCACAAAGUUCUCCAUCCAUUUCCCAACAGAACUCACAGCAAAUGCAGGCACAAGGACUACAACAGACAGAAGUACUAAGGCAGCCAGCAAUGGCCACAGUGAUGGCAGCUCUUCCUAAAUCACCGCAGGCCAAACCAGCACAGACUGUACCAAAAAAUCCUGUGCAAGUGGUGUACAAGGUACCUGAGAGGCUGGGUCACCUUGUAAGAACAGACAGCAGCAGCUCGGUCAAGAUCUCUGUUCAUCCUGUUGUGGACCAGAACACUGGGGAGAAGAUCAUGCAGCAAGUGGUGAUUCUGCCUUCUAACCUCCUCAUUCACAAAACUGAAGAAAAGGCAUCUUCUUUACAUCAACAGCAGUCAAAGGGUAUUCAGGUCCCAGUUUCUAAAGUGGCCAGCCCCAUAUGUAUGUCCACCAAUGUGCCUGGGUUCACCAUUCCUGAAAACAGAAUCCCUGUUCAGCAAGUGGCUCCCCUAAAAGAUGCCAGGACAGUGAGUACCCCUUCUCCUUCAGUUUUCCCUUGUCUGCAACAGGGGGCCAUGAACACAGCAGGGUUCAACAGGGCACAAGUCUGCAGUCCCCAAGCUAGCACAACACAAGGUGUCAUGCCAAAUUCUUCACCCAUCACAGCUCCUUCUAGUGCAAUUUCUACUGAGCCUAUUAAAUCUGCAGAUCCUAAGCAGGAGCUCAAGACUGUAUGUAUCCGUGACUCACAGUCCAUCCUGGUAACCACUAGGGGAGGCAACACAGGCAUCGUCAAAGUCCAGACAGCCUCAGACCAGAAUGCGCUUGGUUCUUUGCCCACUAGUUCAGUCAUCACCAUCUCACCUCAGUUUAAAGCCUUCCUCGUAUCCAAGACAUCACCAACUCUUUCUCCAUGUGCUCCCUCUCAGACUUCCCCUUGCACCACACCGGCAGUAACAAGUAUCUCAGUGGCACAACCUCAGAAGCAGGUUCCGUCAGUAUUAAAGUCCCCUUCCUCUGUCACAACUCCCAUGCUAGCUGCAGUCACUGGUAGCAUUCCUGUUACAGGCUCUGGAAACCAGACUGCAAACACUGUUGCUUUUGGUCAAAGCUCCAACACCUCACCUGGUUCUACGGUUACAACAAAGGUUGGCCAGCUAUCACAGACAGCUGCUGCUGGUUCUCAUUUUCAGGCUUCAGUAGUAAAAAACACUGUUGUUGUCCCAUCACUGAGUAGUUCUGGUGUUCCCCAAGUUCUCACACCAGCAGAGUUCAUCAGCAAGACUGGUGUGAAACGGGCCAGUACAGAUGAGAGAUCCCAAGUUACUAAAUUCAUUCUGGUUACUCCCUCUUCUUCCUCUCCCUCAAACGUAGCCUUACCAAAAGGUACACCCUCUUCCACAAAAUCACUUCCUAGUUCAAGAGUUGUGUUCAUCAGCCAACCCUCAGCGACAUCAUCCACCACCUCCAUGGGCAGCAUUCCAAAGCAGGCGAUAGCAACAGGGGCUAGUGAACAGCUGCUGACUACUUCAUUAUCAAGUCAGACUCUAAAGAUGGGAUUAAGCCCAGGCCAACCUGGAGGCGGUGUCACCUCAGAAGCAUUGUCCAAGGUCAAGAACAUCACUUUGCCCUCAGGAGUUCACAUCCAGUUGUCAGGGAAGACAACAACCAUUGGACAGACCAUUGGUGCUCUGUCACGUUCUCCUUCCAAGAGCACGCCUGUGUCUGUCUCGGAUCCAGGCCGUCCAACAGCUGCCACACCUGGACUUGUCCCGGUUACAAGUUCAAAUACCAUCACAAGUUGUUCUUCCCAGCUUUCCUCUCAUGGUUCUCUGACCACCAGCCCCCAGCUCCAGGGUAUUACUUCCUUCACAAUGAUCUCCCAGCCAGGCUCCUCAACAUCCACAUCUACUGCUGCCACUCUGUCUGCAGGAAACAUGAUCAAGAAGGACCUUGGUAUUCCCCCAAAUAUAUUGUCCAGCAACUCUCCUGCUCAGGUCACCACUACCUUGCAGAGUAGCCCAGCCCAAACCUCCACACCCACUCUUGUCCGUCAGCCUUCAAAUAUCCAAAGUGGCAUUGGUGAGGAAACCACUUCCCACUUAUCCCUCUCUCAGCUUGCUGUCAGUAAAACCCAAACACCCAUCUCCUCUGCAACAACCACCAAUACCCAAUUCACCACCUCUGCUACUGGCACAAUCCAGCAGAGGAUAGUCAUCAACACCUCUACAGCCCUUGCUGCUGGCACACAGAUCCUCCUUAACAAUGCACGUUUUGUAGUCCCUCCCCAGGGUUUGGGUCCAGGCAGCCAUGUCCUUAUCAUCUCUAGCCCUGCACCACAACAAGUGCCUACUGCCAGUGUUACUAGCGCUGGAGCAUCAGUACCUCCCCAAGGGGCAAGCCAUGUCACUGUAGCCCCUCGAGCACCAGUUUUACCCCAAUCUCCAGCAAGGCUGCCUGGUGUGCCAGCUGUAAGUUGCCCUUUUGUAGCAUGCACACCUGCUGUUGGUCCAUCAUUGCUAACAACCACUCCCAAUGCCACGCCAGUCCGACUAACUGGAACACCUGGCCUGGGCUCAACUUUGUUACCUAUUAAAACAAAUGUAGUGUCUGCUCUGCCUAGGUUCCCAGCUGUGCAGGCUGGUAAUUUUGCAUCACCCCCUGUAGGUACACCUACUCUGCUGUCAUCGCCGCCAAGGUUAGGCAGCGUACCAGCCUUAGUUUCCCCAGUGGUAACCAGUGCCCCUGCUCUCGGCUCAGCACUGGCGACAAUCAGGUUAGCUGCUGGUACACCCACACGAGCUGAAUGUUCGUCCACCAUUUCACCUGCAGUAGCACCCCCCUUGUCCAGAUUGUCAGCACCUCUAUCAUCUUUGUCUGUUUUACCCAGGCCAUCAGUUCCCACAAACCUCUCCUCAGUUGCAGCUCCUGUGGUAGUAGGCACACCAGCUUUGCAUUCUUCUCUUCCUGUCCAGCAGGUGGUUUCAGUUACAACCCCAGGCCAAGUCAUACAACCCCAGCAGACAGCAGCUGGAAUUGCAGAACCCUCCACUGCUCUAUCACAGGCUUUAGUGCACAUGGGACUAGACAACUCAUCAGUCAAAAAAACAGUGCCUGCAGUCAUGCAACCAGUGCUUGCUGGCACGCGGACACAAGUAUUGCCAACAGUGGCUGUCCCACCAAUUGUAAGUGGGGUGUCUAGGAUGCAGACGCUGCCCAUUGCUACGGUUACACCAAUCGGAAGCACUGUCAACACCUUUGAAACAGCACCUUCGGUGACCGCACAUUCAUCCAGCAGCACUGUAAUAAUCACUCCAACCCAACCAAUCACAUCACUGAAGACAAACAACACCAUCCACCCACCUGUCAUUCUGACCAAUCAAGCAGUUGGAAGUCACUCUCUGCAGAACUCAUCCUUAGGAAUACAUACCAGUGUAGCAUCCAAACUACUCAUUAGUCCUGAUGGCGCUGUUUUGAACACAGUUCAGUGCCAGGUCAAUCCAGCGGAGCUGACUGCCUGUCCCAAACCACUGGAUGCACUGAUGGUUUCCCCCAGCAGUUCCACUGGAGCACUACACACACAUGAUUCCUCUUUACAGCCUUCACAGGCAGUCAGAAAGUGCACCAAUUAGCUGAGACUGUACCAGCUCUGUGAGGACUCGGACACCACUUUUGAGCUGCUUAUUUUUGGCAGGGGUAAUCCAUUGCUUCUAGUAAUCCUUGGGUUAGUUAAAGACCUGCUUUCCAGUAUGUAUUUUGUAUUUUAACUUACAUUUGGGAUACAGUAAGUUAUACCCUCUGGUUAGAUCAUCUUAUAGGUCAACUGUAUGUUCAGACAUACUGGAAAUGUAUACUGUGAUGGGUUUCUCAAGUGAGGUUGCCCUUAGAUGAAUGUUAUAGACUCUUGACUUUCCGGUUUGAUUUUUUUACUUCAUGGCCAGUAAUGACAACUGUUAUAACAAAUCACUAGGAACAGGAGAGUACAUAAAAUGAUUUUCGACUCAAGCUUUUGUAAUACUUUCAAUGCCAUUAGAUACUGCUUCAAGAAGUAAUAAUUGGGAUGGUAUUCAUUGGCAUAACUUGCUCUACUUCAUCUGUUUCAGUCAUCAGUUUGAACAAUACAGCUGUCUUUAUCCAGAUUUUGUCACAUUGUCCUUUCUUCAAGUAGUAACUUUGGAAAUUACAUUUUACUUUUUAGAAAUAUAAAUAAACUAAUAGAUCAAUUUGUACUACAUGUUUGAGCCCAUAUGAAAUGUUUUGAAGUCACAUUUAUUUAUUUUUACCAUAUAGAUUUUUCAAAAAUAUUUACUAGGUACAUUUUCAUUGAACAAAUGUGGACGUUAUUGCAUGGAAAUAAACAAUGCGACU